GGAUAGUUUUGUAAACCCUAACUCAAUUUUAAGUAUUUUUGUUAACUUAAACUUUAAAUGGGUAAUUUUGUAAAAGAAAACUUAAUAUUGGGUAUUUUUGUUAACUGAAGCUUUUGAUGGGUGAAAACCAGAACCGGGUAAUCAUGUAAUUUUUCCAAAAUAAUAUUUGAAAUACAAUACAAUGGAAUGGGUAUGGGUUAGUCGAACCAAAUCAGAUCUGGUUCGGCCAAAUAUUCAUACACCAACCAAUGCUUUUUCUUCACCACGCAAAGAUUUCAAUACAGGGGUUCAGAAUUCAGAGAAUGAUUAAGUAUCAAACAUUUGAUUGGAUAUCCAGUACUCGAGACCCCAUCUCUCUCUCUCUCUCUCUCUCUCUGCUUUUUGAAUUAGCUUUCCUUUUAGUGAUGGACUGAUAAUGGCUGUCAGUUUCUUAGUAUGAAUAAGAAAGGAAUGGUAGCUUUCCUUUACGAGGAGGUCCUCUUCUCUUCUUUUUUCUAUCUUUUUUCCUUACUUAGGAGCAAAGAAAUCUGUUUCUUUCUUCUUCCCUCUUGCAUUUGAAACUCUAAGAAGAAAGGAAAACAAACACCCUCCUUGGUACUUUGAUCCAUAUGGUAGUUUUCUUGGAGACCGGAAGAAUGGUGUUAGUGGAAAGCUAUCUCUACUGCUUGUUGACACAGUGAGAGCUUAAAAUGAAUUCAGAACUUGUGGAUUUGGUCUUCUCAUGGUCUCUUAGAGAUGUACUCAACAAAAAACUCUUCGAAGCUAAGGUGAAGAAGAUCCCAAAGACAUUCUUGUCAGCAAAAGAUUACUUGGAGUCAUUCAUUCCACCCCUCAUUGAGGAAACACAUGCUGAACUAUGUUCAAGCAUGAUGGACCUGUCCCGAGCUACACCUAAAUGUCAAAUAGUUCAUCUUGAAAAACAUAAAGACUAUAAACUACCACGAAAUUUGUUUUAUAAGAUUGAAGUCUUAAAGGAGAAUGAUCGUAAGCAUGAUAAAGAUUUCUAUGAGCCACAACUAGGAGAUCUCAUUGCUCUGUCAGAUGUAAGACCAGUAUGCAUUGACGAUUUAAACAGGCCUAGAAGAUCUUAUCUUCUUGCUUUUGUCACUGCAAGAAAAAUUGUGGAUGAGGAAGACGAAGAUGAAGAAAGCUGCUUCAUCACAGUCCGUUCAUCAAAACCCAUUGUGUUUGAAGAAGAAGAACUGCAGAAGAAGAGGGAACCACUUUUUGCUAUUUUCCUGAUAAACAUGGUAACGAAUAUCCGUAUAUGGAAAGCACUGCACCCGGAGAUGAAGGGGGGAAACACGAGCGUUAUCAAUGAGGUCUUGUCCACUGAUUCCACUGUCGGGGUUGAUUGUGAUAUCUGCUUACUGUCACAAGAUGACAGAAUCAGUGGAAAUUCUCUUCUCUCAGAUCUUCAAACCUUCAACCUCAAUGAAUCACAGACCGAUGCAGUGGUAAGAUCCAUUGCUACACAGAGUUGCAAUCAUAAGAGUUCAGUGAAGCUUAUUUGGGGCCCUCCAGGUACUGGGAAGACAAAGACAGUUGGCACUUUGCUCUGGGUACUUUUAAAAAUGAAAUGCAGAACUCUCACAUGCACGCCGACUAAUAUUGCUUUACUGGAAGUCACAUCACGCCUCCUGAAGUUGGUCAGGGAGUCACUUCAGCAUCACAAAUAUGGCUUGGGAGAUAUAGUGUUAAAUGGUAAUGCAAAGCGAAUGAAGAUUAAGGAUCACCAAGAUCUUCAUGAUGUUUUUAUGGGUUAUCGUGCUCGUGAGCUUGCAAAAUGCUUUGCCCCACACUCAGGAUGGAACCACCAACUAAAUUCCAUGAUAUCCUUGCUUGAAGAUGCUGGUGCUGUGUAUCUUUUGUAUUUGGAGGAGAAAAAGAUGGAAAAGCAGGCUGUUUUGCAAAAUGAGAAAAAAAGAGACAAAAAUAAUAAAGAGAUAGGGGAGGAUAUUUCUAAGAAGUUGAGGGGGAAAAAAAUUGUUAGGAACUCAAAAGAAGGCAAAUGCAAAAAAAUAUGGCAAGAGAAGACUCUUGCUGACAACAGUAAACAAUUGAAUUGCCUGGAACCAGAGUAUUCUUCUGAAACCAUGAAAACUGAAGGGCAGGAUGAUGAGAAAAUAAAUGUUAGGAACUUAAAAGAAGGCAAAAGCAAAAAAAUAUGGCAAGAGAAGAUUCUUGCUCAUGACAGUAAGCAAUUGAAUUUCCUGGAACCAGAGUACCCUUCUGAAACCAAGAAAAUUGAAGGGCAGGAGGAUGAAAAAAAAGAGGUUUUGGCAAUUGAGGAGUUUAUCAAGAAAAAAUUCAUCAACAUUCAGAUGGACCUCAAAUUCUCCAUUCAUACCUUGUGUAAACACCUACCUACAUCCUACAUUUCAGUGAGAAUAGUAAAUGACAUGAUUAAAGCUCUCCAUUUGCUUGAAUGUCUUGGAACUCUGACUGAUAAAGACCUGAAGCGUGUCUUUGUUGAUUCUGAAGAUUUAAAGACCAAAGUUGGUGGCUCCAAUACAAUCAAGCUAGAUAGUAGCAGAAAUCAGUGCCUUCAGAUUCUCAAAUCCCUUCAAAAAGAAUUUUCUGUUCCCAAGUUUAUGGAUAAAUAUUCAAUCAGCAAGUUCUGUUUGCAACAUGCUUACCUGAUUUUCUGCACUGCCUCAAGCUCAGCUAAGUUGCACACAGAUGGGAUGAAACCACUGGACAUUUUGGUUAUUGAUGAAGCAGCACAGCUUAAAGAAUGUGAAUCAGCCAUUCCCCUCCAACUCCCUGGUGUCCGGCAUGCCAUUCUCAUAGGUGACGAACGGCAACUGCCAGCAAUGGUUCAAAGCAAGAUUUCAAAGGAGGCUGAAUUUGGAAGAAGUCUGUUUGAAAGGUUGGUAUCAAUGGGACACAAGAAGCACCUUCUCAAUAUCCAGUAUAGAAUGCACCCAUCAAUAAGCUUAUUCCCAAACACAGAAUUCUAUGGAAAG